AUGGCCACAGCUGCCUCGAAUCCCUACAGCAUUCUCAGUUCCAGCUCCCUCGUCCAUGCGGACUCUGCGGGAAUGCAGCAGGGAAGUCCUUUCCGCAAUCCUCAGAAACUUCUCCAAAGUGACUACUUGCAGGGAGUUCCUAGCAAUGGGCAUCCCCUCGGGCAUCACUGGGUGACCAGUCUGAGCGACGGGGGCCCAUGGUCCUCCACAUUGGCCACCAGCCCCCUGGACCAGCCGGACGUGAAGCCAGGACGCGAAGAUCUGCAAUUGGGCGCAAUCAUCCAUCACCGCUCGCCACACGUAGCCCACCACUCGCCCCACACUAACCAUCCGAAUGCCUGGGGAGCAAGCCCAGCUCCAAACUCGUCCAUCACGUCUACCGGCCAACCUCUCAAUGUGUAUUCGCAGCCAGGCUUCACGGUGAGCGGCAUGCUGGAGCAUGGGGGACUCACUCCACCACCAGCCGCUGCCUCCACGCAGAGCCUGCAUCCAGUGCUCCGGGAGCCUCCAGACCACGGUGAGCUGGGCUCGCACCACUGCCAGGACCACUCGGAUGAGGAGACUCCAACCUCUGAUGAGUUGGAACAGUUCGCCAAACAAUUCAAACAAAGAAGAAUCAAGUUGGGUUUCACGCAAGCCGACGUGGGGCUGGCACUGGGCACACUGUAUGGUAACGUGUUCUCGCAGACCACCAUCUGCAGGUUCGAGGCCUUGCAACUGAGCUUCAAGAAUAUGUGCAAGCUGAAACCCCUGCUAAAUAAGUGGCUGGAGGAGGCUGAUUCAUCCACAGGAAGCCCUACCAGCAUUGACAAGAUCGCCGCUCAGGGCCGCAAGCGCAAGAAGCGAACCUCCAUCGAGGUGAGUGUCAAGGGCGUACUGGAAACGCAUUUCCUCAAGUGUCCCAAGCCUGCAGCACAGGAGAUCUCCUCGCUGGCCGACAGCCUCCAGUUGGAGAAAGAAGUGGUGCGUGUCUGGUUCUGUAAUAGAAGACAAAAAGAAAAAAGAAUGACUCCGCCAGGGGAUCAGCAGCCACACGAGGUUUAUUCGCACACAGUGAAAACAGACGCGUCCUGCCACGAUCUCUGA